UACCUGUCGGGAGAUCGUCCUGGUGGCUCAGUUUCCCAGUAAUACAGCCAUGGGCAGCAAGAAGAAGGAAAUUGCCCUGCAGGUCAACAUCAGUACCCAGGAACUUUGGGAGGAAAUGCUCAGUACCAAAGGACUAACUGUUGUUGACGUCUAUCAAGGCUGGUGUGGCCCCUGCAAGCCCAUGGUGAGCCUCUUCCAGAAGCUGAGGAUCGAGGUUGGAUUGGACCUUCUGCAUUUUGCAUUAGCAGAGGCAGAUUGUCUUGAUGUCCUCGAGAAAUACAGAGGGAGAUGUGAGCCAACCUUUCUAUUUUAUGCAGGAGGAGAACUGGUGGCUGUGGUUAGAGGAGCAAACGCCCCACUGCUGCAAAAAAUCAUCCUAGACCAGCUGGAGGCUGAAAAGAAGGUGCUGGCUGAAGGCAGAGAGCGGAAAGUGAUUAAAGAUGAGGCUCUUUCUGAUGAAGAUGAAAAUUUUUCCCGGGGAAAGGACAUUGUCGAAGAUGAGGAUGUGGUGUCCUCAGAGAAGCCGUGUACUGUGGCAAUCAUUAAACCAGAUGCAGUGGCCCAUGGAAAGACCGAUGAGAUUAUCAUGAAGAUCCAGGAAGCUGGGUUUGACAUUUUAACAAGUGAAGAGAGAACCAUGACCGAGGCAGAAAUGCGACUUUUCUACCAACACAGAGCUGGAGAGGAGGCAUUUGAGAAGCUGGUUCAUCACAUGUGCAGUGGACCAAGCCACCUCCUGAUCCUCACUAGGACUGAGGGCACCGAGGACGUGGUCACUGCCUGGCAAACUCUCAUGGGGCCUUGUGACCCCAGUGUGGCCAGGAGGGAGCAGCCUGAAAGUCUCCGUGCUCAGUACGGCACAGAAAUGCCCUUUAAUGCUGUCCAUGGAAGCCAAGACGGAGAAGCCGCCCGCAGGGAACUGGCCUUGCUCUUCCCCAAUUUGAAGUUUUCAGACAAAGAAGCCCCUCAGGAUCUGAAAUCCAGGCAAGUCAGGAGGACAGGACACAGUAAAGGUGAGGUGGGAGCUGACUUAUGCUGGCUCCCGCUGGCUGAGUCCUUGUCACUGCCAUCGGAGGAACAAGCUGAGGGUGCCACAGCAUGUGGCAGUCAGGAAAUCCUGGGAAGUGUGGCCCACUUUCUGGAAGGGGAGCCCUACAGGGGCAGCUUUCCUCUAGGACCUGCCCUCCGGGAGAGCCCAUGA